AUGACAGCGGCCCCGGAAAUGGAGGAUGAUAGCAACAAGGAGCGACAACAAGCCGAACUGUUGGACAAAAUACACAGCCUCAGCGACCUCGAGCUCGCCGUCCUCCUCUCCCUCGUCGCACGGGAACACUGUCUGGUCAGCACCGAACCCGACUUUGUGGAGGACCUAUCGAAAGAACUAUGUCUUACCGCCGUCAGGACCUUUGGCAUCACGCCCGUCAUCGUCCCAUGCCACUCGCAGAUGACGCUCGAUGAAUUCGCAGCAGCACUCUUAGUUCCCGUCAUCCCACCAAGCUCACCACUGGCCACCAACAACCAGAACAACCACAACAACUACCACACCCACCGCUCUGUACCAUCGGGCUCUGGGUCAUACUUCUCCUCGAAACACCAUAAUGUCCCAGGCUCAUCUUCCUCCGCCCACCCGCCACCAUCACAACACCAGCAACACCAGCAACAAGCACAAGCAACGCAAAUAGCCAAUGUUAUCCUUGCCCAAAACCUCGACCACGCCCCGCGCGCCGUGCAGAUCCAAGCCCUCGAACUCCUGCGCACGCGCCGCCUCUUCGCCCGAACGAGCGUCCACACCGCUCCAAAGCAGUUCCUCUUCGUGGCCGUAGUCGGCGCAGAAAGCGGCGGACAGGCACAUGUUACCCACCACCUGAACGAUUUCCUCUACCUUGCGCACUGGCACGAUCCGGAAGAUGGGUUCGCUUACCUUGAAGAACAAGCGGAGGAAGGAUGGGCCAGCCGUAUGGGGAUACUGGGAGUGGGAAACAAUAACGACAACAACGACGGUGAUGACAGCCCUUAUACGAAGGCCGACGAUGACCGAGCCUCCAUCGACUCCGGAAGUAGCGUCGUCAAAAGGGGCACGGGCACGGGCAUGGGGAGCAUGGCCAACAGUGGGUUGAUUCAAGAAUCCUACCACUCAGCCCUCAGCGGACCUGGUCUCGGUCUCGGUCUUGGCCUCGGCGGUCCUGGUCGUUUCGGAUCUGGUUUAGGAGCGGGAGCAGCUAGGCCCUCGCUCUCCCCCCAACUCACCUUCCACAACAACGACCUCACGGCCAUCGAUCCAGCCUCAGGGGAACCACAACCACCCCUCCUCUCCGAUUCCGAAAUCGCCCACCUCGCUCACCUCGCCCAACACGAUGUUAGCGUGGAUAUCGACGUCCGGCGCUACCAGAUGAACAUCGUCGCCUUCUUGCGCAUGCACCGGGCUGUGAGCGGCGGCGUCACGCCGCAGGCGACCAAGCAUUUCGAACUACUUAUGAGGAGCCUGGCGCCGCUGCACGGGCUGGAUUUCGUCACGUCGGCGCUAGUCGGGUUGGCGGCUAAGAAGGUCUACCUGCACCGCAUCGAGAUCGUGGCGUCCCCCGAGCGGGAGAGGAGCAUGCAGUGGGGCAGCGAACUGAGCGCGGUUGAGGCCAUGCUAGAAGGGGUCGGGCCGGAGGAAGUAAUCGAGGAUGUCUUGGGAAUGGUUGCUGUUCCUCAGUAG